CUUUCCCGUUCCGCAGCCAAAGAAGUCAGAACGCAGCGGAAGCUCAGCCGAAAGAGCGUACAGUAACUAUGGCAACGGCGGGAAUCCCACCCUUCCCUACCGGCAACCCCCUCCGUGAUCUCCGAUUGGCUGACCAGGCAAAGCUUAACCUUUGCCCUAUGACCUGAUGAUGCUCGCUGUUUCCUGCUUGCUGGCCUUGUUGCAGUCAAACGAGUCAGUGCCAAAAGGAGAGCCAGAGGUAGAGGGUGGGAUUGAUUGACGCUGCACGGAGGCGGCGGAGGAGGAGGAGGAGGGAGGACGGUCGUCAGCCAGCAGCCAGCGCAGGGCUCUCUCUUCUGUCAGUAUUCUCUGCCUGGCGCUAUUGAAGAGCAAUGAGGAAGAAAUCUCGGAUCUUAUUGUGUUUCGCCUUCCUGUGGCUGCUGGGAAUCGCCUAUUACAUGUACUCGGGGAGCUCUGUGAGCUCUGUGAGCAGCAUAAAGGAUGGUUGGAACGAUAUUGGUGUGCUUAAAAGAAAAGAUCCACACAGUGUAAAUGAAGAAGAGAAAACUCAAAGCUUCAAAACCCUUCCACCGGGUAAGGUACGGUGGCAGGACUUCGACCAAGAUGCUUAUGUUGGAGUCACUGUAGUGCGACCUGGUCAAGAUGCUUAUGCACGUAAUAAAUUUAAUCAACUGGAAAGUGACAAAUUGCGCAUGGACAGAAGUGUUCCUGAUACAAGACAUGACCAAUGCCGAAAAAAGCACUGGAAAACAGAUUUACCAGCAACAAGUGUUGUCAUAACUUUUCAUAAUGAGGCCAGGUCUGCCUUACUCCGCACUGUUGUCAGUGUAUUAAAAAAAAGUCCUGCUCAUCUCAUAAAGGAAAUUAUACUGGUUGAUGAUUACAGUGACAGUGCUGAAGAUGGUGCUUUACUUGGGAGGAUAGACAAAGUUCGGGUUCUAAGGAAUGACCGCAGAGAAGGUCUUAUGCGUUCUCGGGUUAAAGGAGCAGAUGCAGCUAAGUCCACGGUUCUCACCUUCCUUGAUAGCCACUGUGAGUGUAAUGAGCAUUGGUUGGAACCCCUCCUUGAAAGAGUUGAUGAGGACAAAUCUCGAGUUGUAUCCCCAAUAAUUGAUGUGAUUAAUAUGGACAACUUUCAGUAUGUUGGGGCAUCGGCAGAUUUAAAAGGAGGAUUUGACUGGAACCUGGUUUUCAAGUGGGACUAUAUGACACCAGAACAAAGGAGAGCAAGACAAGGAAAUCCAGUAGCCCCCAUCAAAACCCCAAUGAUUGCUGGAGGGCUGUUUGUAAUGGACAAGUCAUACUUUGAAGAGCUGGGAAAGUAUGAUAUGAUGAUGGAUGUUUGGGGAGGUGAAAAUUUAGAGAUUUCAUUCCGGGUAUGGCAGUGUGGUGGGAGUCUGGAGAUAAUUCCUUGCAGUAGAGUGGGACAUGUAUUUCGCAAACAGCAUCCAUAUACAUUUCCAGGAGGAAGUGGAACAGUGUUUGCCAGGAAUACACGCAGGGCAGCAGAGGUUUGGAUGGAUGAAUACAAGAAUUUUUACUAUGCAGCUGUACCCUCUGCUAGAAAUGUACCUUUUGGAAAUAUUCAGAGCCGCACAGAGCUGAAGAAAAAACUGGGCUGCAAACCUUUCAAAUGGUAUUUGGAGAACGUAUAUCCAGAACUAAGGGUUCCUGACCAUCAGGAUAUUGCAUUUGGAGCUUUACAACAAGGAACAAACUGUCUUGACACAUUGGGCCAUUUUGCAGAUGGAGUUGUGGGUGUCUAUGAAUGUCAUAAUGCAGGGGGUAACCAAGAAUGGGCUCUUACUAAAGAUAAGUCAGUUAAACACAUGGAUCUUUGUCUUACUGUUGUGGACAGAGCACCCGGCUCUCUUAUAAAACUUCAAGCCUGCAGAGAAAACGACAGUAGACAGAAAUGGGAACAAAUUGAAAAUAACUCCAAGCUGAGGCACGUGGGAAGCAACUUUUGCCUAGACAGUCGGAAUGCCAAAAAUGGCGGUCUAACAGUAGAAGUAUGCAGUCCUUCUUUAUCGCAGCAGUGGAAAUUUUCUCUUAACCUGCAACAGUAGGAAGUCUCAACAGCUGGGAAAAGUUGGGGAAAAUCAGCAUCAUUUCAUGGACAUUGAUUCCGAACACAUUGCAGAUGUAUUUGUUGAACGUUCUGCGGAAUUUAUAUACCUCAGUAUUCCAUCUUGACAUUGGAAUGUGGGAUGUAGGCUGGGAGAAGAAUUACAAGACCAUGGCCGCCUUCAGAUCUUUGUUGUGAUUGGUUAACAGUAUUGUAUCACUGUACUUGGGCCCUUGAGGAAAAUCGACAAAAAUAAACUUUGUUUUGCAAGAGGAGAGGUAUAGAUACACGCUUGAAAAGAAGUGGUAAAUCAUAUCUGGCAUUUCUGUGGACAUAGUUUUUUUUAUAUAUCUAUCUUAUCUAUCUGAAAACAUUUUCUUUCUUGGGAAAAGUGGUCCAGAUCGCUUGAUCUGAACAUAUUGCAAAGAAUGUUUGCAGCUUCUCAGAAGACUGAAUAAAUGCAAUUCUUCCCUGGUUGGAGGUGACGCCUGAGAAAUCAGGACCGUAGAACCAUUUUUGUGUUGUUCUAAAGAGAUUUAAAAAUUGCCAUGCUCGAGUUAUUGAUAGAAGACCAUGUGUGCUCAGUUCAGUCGCUGCCAGAAGUUUUUGUAUUUUCCCACUUGAGCUUGGAGUGAAUAUGUGUGCAUUUUGGUUGUCGGAAUGAUUUUUUAAAAAUUAUUGAUCAUACUACAGUAAUAGUGUCUUGAAAUGGCUUU